AUGUCAGCCCGCAAACAUGUCGUCUGGGACAUAGUCGGCACCUGCGUCUCUUACGAUGCGCCCGUGCGCACCGUCACGGCCCUGCUCGGCCCUGUUCUCUCCAAGCACAACAUUCUCCCCGCGACAUUUGUGCACCUGCUCAAUGAAACCGCCGAACGGGAAUACACCUUCCUUUCCAUCUCCAACCGCUACACGCCCUACUUCACUGUUAUGCGCCUCCUCUUCUACCGCGUCCUGCUGUCCCUGGGCAUUCCCAAUCCGCGAGAGGUGGUCAGCGAGGCGGACGUGGACGCAGUGAUGGAUAGCUUCGCAAACCUUGAAGUCAGGGACGGGGUCAAGGAGUGCUGGGAGAGGUUACGCGCUGAAGGCUUCACGAUGUGGGCGUUCACCGCAGGCGACGCAUCCUCUGUGCAGGGCAUGCUCGAGAAAGGCGGGGUGUCGUUGCCAGUAGAGCAAUUCCGGAGCUGCGAUUCGGCUGGGGUUGGGAAGCCGCAUUCGGAGUCCUACAAACCUUUGUUAGAGGAAUUAAGGGCCGAUGCGGGCGGGGAGGAGGUUGAGACGUGGUUUGCCGCGGCGCAUCAGUGGGAUGUGAGUGCGGCGAAGAGGUCUGGAUUCGAUAGGGGUGCGUAUGUUACAGUGCUGGAGGGCGAGGCAGUGGAUGAGCUGUUUGGGAAGAUGGACGUUACUGCUGAAAGCUUUGAGGAGCUUGCGGAGGGGAUCAUCAGGGUGUCGAAAGCAGGCGCUGUGCGGUCUGAGCAUGGGGACUGA